CAGCCCUUAUGUAUUAAAGGGCUCGAAGUCGGGCAGCUCCCGGCGUCGCAGGGUUGGCUUCCCCUUCCCUCCUCUCUGGCCCUCCCUCCUCCCGCCCACUCGCUCCCUCCCCCAGCGCUCUCCAGCCCCGGCGCCCCGAGAACUCCGAAACAGCCUUCCAGGAUUAUGGAGUUUCUGAGCGAGAAGUUUGCCCUUAAGAGCCCGCCAAGUAAAAACAGUGACUUUUACAUGGGCGCAGGAGGCGCGUUGGAGCACGUUAUGGAGACGCUGGACAAUGAGUCCUUUUACAGCAAAGCGUCGGCAGGCAAAUGCGUGCAGGCCUUUGGGCCCCUGCCGCGAGCCGAACAUCACGUGCGCUUGGAGAGGACCUCACCCUGUCAGGACAGCAGCGUGAACUAUGGGAUCGCCAAAGUAGAAGGCCAGCCCCUUCACACCGAACUGAAUAGAGCUAUGGACAACUGCAGCAAUCUCCGGAUGUCUCCCGUGAAAGGGAUGCCAGAGAAGGGAGAACUGGAUGAACUUGGGGAUAAAUGUGACAGCAACGUGUCUAGCAGUAAAAAGCGGAGACAUAGAACCACCUUCACCAGUUUGCAGCUGGAGGAACUGGAGAAGGUCUUUCAGAAAACCCAUUACCCGGAUGUAUACGUCAGAGAACAGCUCGCUCUGAGAACAGAACUCACAGAGGCCAGAGUCCAGGUUUGGUUUCAAAAUCGAAGGGCCAAGUGGAGAAAAAGGGAACGUUAUGGCCAAAUACAACAAGCUAAAAGCCAUUUUGCUGCGACCUACGAUAUAUCAGUUUUGCCAAGAACUGACAGCUACCCACAGAUUCAGAACAAUUUGUGGGCAGGAAAUGCAAGUGGUGGUUCUGUGGUUACUUCAUGCAUGUUACCACGUGAUACUUCCUCCUGUAUGACACCUUACUCUCACUCGCCUCGGACAGACUCCAGUUACACUGGGUUUUCAAACCAUCAGAAUCAGUUCAGCCACGUGCCCCUCAACAAUUUUUUCACUGACUCUCUUCUUACUGGGGCUACCAAUGGACAUGCAUUUGAAACAAAGCCAGAGUUUGAAAGGAGGUCUUCCAGUAUUGCUGUUCUUCGAAUGAAAGCCAAGGAGCACACUGCCAAUAUUUCAUGGGCCAUGUAACAUAACAGUACUCUUUUAUUUUUCUUUUAAUAGCAAGGUAAAAUAUUGUUAUUUCUCGUAUUUAAAGGAUGCCACAAUAAGCUGCUGUGUGUGGAAUUGCUAAAGGUCAAGAUAUACAGUGAGACCAGCUUAAAUGAAUAGUUGUUAUUAUUUAACAUUAAAAUCUAAGAAUGAACCUCUGAAAAAACUAAAUAGGUUUACCAUGCACCAGUCUCCACAAAUGCUUUUUUAGUAGUAAGUUUUUUUUUCUUCCCCCUAUUGUACAAGUUGAUGAAAUAUGGUCAUGCAGUUUCUUAAAAGAAUAAAUGUAUUAAACAAAUUCCUCUGUUAUAGAUUGAUUUAUGUUAGUUCUGUAUAACAAGAAAUCCCUUGUAAAAUAAUACCUGAUAAAGGAGGAAAUGCACUGGGGAAAAUGUCAAGAUACCAAAGCUGUCAGGUAAAUAUUGAACCAGGGUGUUUUGGGGAGUUAACUGCUAUUUCUCCCUCUCUGGCUUCGAGAAGCAAAUGGGCAUAUCCCUUGUUGCUGAGAAUUAAUCUUCAAACCUCAAAGACUUUUCAAAUUCUUUUUUAUAAUCUCUUGAUGUUUUAGUGAAUUUCCAACCAAAAAAAAAACUCUUCUGAAAUAAUCAGCAUUUUCAUGAAAUAUUUGGUCAUAGUUUUCUGAAACCAUGUGGCUAAAGGUGAUAACUGAAAUAUUCUGGUAUGAUUAAAAUAGAGUCAUGAGGAAAGUUUUUAUAAAUGCCACUUUUUAAUGAAAAAGCCAGCAUGAACUCAGUCCCGUUGUAAUCACAAACAAGGGGGGAAAAUCUAC